GAGAGGCGGGCGGAGCAGAGGGAGCGCCGUGGAGACGCCGGGGGCACCGGGCCGCGCCAGGCUGGCGGCCCUUUCCUCCGGGCCCCGCCUGGUGCCAGCCCCCCCACCAGCGGGGGGACUGCGCCUGGAAGCUGUAAUGGAGGCCCUGCAGAGGCAGCAGGCAGCCCGCCUGGCCCAAGGGGUGGGGCCUUUGGCCCCUCCACACUCACUGCCACCACCACUACCUCCCUUGCCUGGCCCCCGGACCCUUCAGGCCCCUGAGGGGGUUUUGGGGGAGGCUGGGACUGAAGAAGAGGAGGGUGCUGAAGAGGAUGAGGAAGGGGAGGAAGCCGGGGCAGAGGAGGAGGCAGCCGAGGAGAGCCGUCCAGGGACACAGGGCCCCAGCUCACCUUCCAGCCAACCCCCUGGACCUCAUCCCCAUGAAUGGACCUUCGAGGAACAGUUCAAGCAGCUGUACGAGCUUGAUGGAGACCCCAAGAGGAAGGAAUUUCUGGAUGACCUGUUUAGCUUCAUGCAGAAGAGGGGGACGCCAGUGAACCGUGUGCCCAUCAUGGCAAAGCAGGUGCUGGACCUGUACGCGCUCUUUCGCCUGGUGACAGCCAAAGGCGGCCUGGUGGAAGUCAUCAACCGCAAGGUGUGGCGGGAGGUCACGCGCGGCCUCAGCCUGCCCACCACCAUCACGUCGGCAGCCUUCACUCUACGCACCCAGUACAUGAAGUAUCUGUACCCGUACGAGUGCGAGACGCGGGCUCUCAGCUCCCCGGGGGAGCUCCAGGCAGCCAUCGACAGCAACCGGCGCGAAGGCCGUCGUCAGGCUUAUACCGCCGCCCCUCUCUACGGCUUAGCUGGGCCUACCCCUCGGGGAACUCCCGGCCAAAUCUCGGGUUCUGGCGCCGCCCCGCCCACGCCCACGCCCACGCCCAGCCCCCGUCCUGCCCAAGGUUCCGCCUGCGGCCUGCCGGCGCACGCCUGCGCGCAGCUGAGCCCGGGCCCCAUUAAAAAAGAGGAAAGCGGAAUUCCAGCCCCUCGACUGGCACUGCCUGUGGGCUUGGCUUUGGGACCUGCAAGGGAGAAGUUGGCACCAGAGGAGCCCCCAGAGAAGAGGGCUGUGCUGAUGGGGCACAUGGAUCCACCUCAACCUGGAGCUCCCCCCAGUUUCCUGCCCCGUGGCAAGGUUCCCCUGAGGGAAGAGCGGCUGGAUGGGCCUCUCAGUCUGGCAGGCAGUGGUAUCAGCAGUAUCAACAUGGCCCUAGAGAUCAACGGGGUGGUCUACACUGGUGUCCUCUUUGCCCGUCGCCAGCCUGUGCCAGCUUCCCAGGGCCCAACCAACCCUGUACCUCCACUCCCUACAGGGCCCCCUUCCAGCCCCUCACCCUGAGAACUCCCACUUGGAAUUAAGAGUCCCAGCCCCCCACAUCUUGAUUCUUCCAGGGUGCUCACUCUAGGACCCAGCCCUGGGAGAUGACCUCCACCCCCCCACCAUGCCAUGUGGGCUUGAAGCCAAAGAGGUUUGUUUUUGUUUUUGUUUUUGGGUUUUUUUUAUGUUACAUCUACCUCAUUGUAAAGGGAGAGCAUCUCCUCCCUGGCCAACCCCAGCAGCAGCUACCAAAGAGUUCUGCCCCCAGUAACCCCCAUCAUCUCCUCGUGUGCCUCCCUGUGUCAGUGUCAUCUUUAGGACCCCACCUCUUCAAAUCAGACCUGCUUCCCUUCAGAAGCCAUGUGAAGGGUUAGGUUGGGGUGUUGUGAAGGAGUCGUCCCUCAGGUCACAUCUGAAUAAUAAAGGUGCAGUC